UUGUUCCAAUUUUGUUAUACCUGAGAAGUGUUAGGGUAGGUGGGGUGAUGAAUUUGGAUGUAAUCAGGAGCAAACCACCUAAACAAUUCAUGAGGAAUACAGUUGUAUGUGUCCUGCUCAGGGAAAGGAGAACUAUGCUUCUAUGUUACGGGUACUACCUUGUUGCAAAGGACAAUCUGAAGGGUGUCAAAUUCAUCAGCUGCCCUAACAGUAAAGCUUAGUGUGGAUGAAGGAUUUAGAAGUAGUUUGGAGGAUCUGAAGCACGGAAACAUCAUGUACUCCUGUUCACUCUACAUCAUAGCUUGUGACAUCCCAGCCUCCUGACAACUUGGGCCAGGCACCAGCCGGUAUGGAUCCUAACGAUGACCUCGAUGAAGAUAAUCUUACAAGUUAUGAUAUCCAGCUUAGUAUUCAAGAAUCCAUUGAAGCCAGUCAGACUGUAUUUCAUCCUGAAAGAUUUGUGCCACUAAGUGAUCAAAACAGAAAACUCAUGGACGCCAUAAAUCAAGGUAACAUCUUUGAACUCCAGGAGUGUAUGAAAUACAAAUAUGCACUAGAUGAAGCUGAUGAAAAAGGAUGGUUUCCACUGCACAAAGCUGUUAUUCAACCCAUUCAACAGAUACUUGAAAUUGUUCUGGAUGCAUCCUCUAAGACACUCUGGGAAUUCAAGACCUGUGACGGAGAAACACCCUUGACUUUGGCAGUCAAAGCUGGUCUGGUGGAAAAUGUAAAGAGUUUAUUAGAAAAGGGAGUGUGUCCCAACACCAAAAAUGAUAAAGGAGAGACACCUCUUUUGAUCGCUGUUAGAAAAGGCUCCUUUGACAUGGUAUCUACUCUGAUUAAACAUAACACCAGCCUUGACCAACCCUGUGUAAAACGAUGGUCAGCAAUGCAUGAAGCAGCCAAGCAAGGCCGAAAAGAUAUCAUAUCUCUGCUACUAAACCACGGAGGCAAUGUCCACUUGAGAGAUGGAUUUGGAGUCACACCGUUAGGUAUUGCUGCAGAGUAUGGUCACUGCGAUGUUUUGGAACAUCUAAUCCAUAAAGGUGGUGAUGUGUUUGCUUUGGCGGAUGAUGGGGCAUCGGUGUUGUUCGAGGCAGCAGGAGGUGGUAAUCCCGACUGCAUUGCUCUCCUGCUGGAGUAUGGAGGAAGUGGAAACGUACCCAACAGAGCAGGGCAUCUCCCCAUACACCGCGCUGCCUACGAGGGACAUUACCUUGCAUUGAAAUAUCUUAUCCCAGUAACAUCCAAAAAUGCAAUUCGGAAAAGUGGGCUAACUCCAGUUCAUUCAGCUGCAGAUGGACAGAAUUCACAGUGCCUAGAACUGCUCAUUGAAAGUGGUUUUGAUGUCAACAUCCUACUUGCUGAUCAUAUUUCCAAGAGCUAUGAUGACGAGAGGAAGACUGCAUUAUACUUUGCCGUUUCUAAUAAUGACAUCCAUUGCACAGAAGUCCUUUUGGCUGCAGGUGCAGACCCAAACCUGGAUCCCCUCAACUGUCUCCUUGUGGCAGUGAGGGCCAAUAAUCAUGAAAUUGUCCGGCUGCUUCUCUCACACGGAGCUAAUGUCAAUUGCUAUUUUAUGCAUGUGAAUGACACUCGUUUCCCCAGUGCCAUUCAGUAUGCCCUAAAUGAUGAAGUUAUGCUGAGGCUGUUGUUGAAUAAUGGCUAUCAGGUGGAGAUGUGCUUUGACUGCAUGCAUGGGGACAUCUUUGGAAAUUCAUUUGUGUGGUCUGAGAUGGAGCGAGAGGUACUGCCAGGAUGGACAUCUUGUGUAAUAAAAGACAACCCGUUUUGUGAGUUUAUUACAGUUCCUUGGAUGAAACACCUGGUAGGCAGCAUUGUUCGUGUAUUAAUUGAUUACAUGGAUUAUGUCCCUCUGUGUGCCAAAUUGAAGUCUGCACUGGAAGUACAGAGAGAAUGGCCAGAAAUACGCAAAAUACUGGAGAAUCCUUGUUCACUGAAGCAUUUAUGUCGGUUAAAAAUUCGAAGAUUUAUGGGACUCCAGCGACUCUGUCAACCAGCCUCUGUGGAGAAGCUUCCUCUACCACCAGCUAUUCAAAGAUAUAUAUUGUUUAAAGAGUAUGAUCUCUAUGGACAAGAGCUAAAAUUACCAUAAUUUUAAAAUAAUAUUUUAAAAUGUGACUCCUAAAAUAUUUUAAAAUGUGAGAGUUUAUUGGAACCACUUUACAUCCUUAUGUGUAUUUAAAUCCAUUGACAAUCUUACAGGUAUAUUUUGUCCUUAUGGGAAUGUUAAAGACAUUGACUUUUAAAAGAUGUUAAUAUCUUGUAUUGUAUUUGAAUUUCUAUUGAUUAUUGUCCCCUGCUACAAACCUCCAAAUUCUCCUUAUAACCAUAACCUCCUUAUAACCUUAUAACCAGAGAUGACUUUUUAUGUUUAAGGAAGCAAUUAACCACUUCGUUAAACCCACAUCUCCUGCCAGUUGUGGGAUCCAUUUGUCUUUGAAAGGUCCAUGUGUGAAGGAGCUCCUUCCUGCCUGCAGUUUCCCACUCUGUGGCUUCACAUCUGCUGCCUCCACAGCUCUUUGCAAGGCUCCAGACAGCCUUGUUGCUAAAUCAAAUGAGCACCUCUCAUUAUCUCUUCCCAUCCUUACCUACAGCGCCUGACACUGUCGGCUGCUGCUUUGUUGAAGCGGUACCUCCUUCCCUGGUUUUCAUUAUACAGACACCUUGUUUCCUUGGCUGUGCUCCUACCUGCUUGGCCGCUCUGUCUUCUUUCCCAUUGCUCAUAUCCUGUCAGUCCUUUAGGAAUAUGUUUUCUCUGGGGUAUGUAUAAUUGCAUUUAUUUUAAUGGUGACUCCAAGACAUAUAUCCUCAGCUCUUGCUCUAUCUCAUGUACUUAAGAACUAUAUAGACAAAUGGCACAAUUGACAUUUGCACACAAAAAACAUCUCAAACUCAACGUGCUCCCAAGUAAACUCACCGUGUUCCUCCAGAAAAAGGUUCUUUCUCUUGUAUUCCCUACUUCAAUAGUUAGAACAAUGAGUGAUUCCUUUUGCAAAAGAAAACAACUGGACAUCAGCAAUGGCCACCCCAUUUUCUCACCCAUUGUAACAAAUCACCCAUCCCAUUAAGUUUAUCUCUUGAAAUCAUCUUUCUCUUCUCAGUCUCAUCAAUUUGUUUCUAAACCAAACUAUGAUCUCCUCUUUCCUAGGGCGUACAGUGAUGUUUAUCUGCUUGCUUGCCUACUGUCUUACGCAUUCCCACACAUACAAUAUACAUAGAAUACCAGAAUUGCCUUUUAUAAUUGUAACUAGAGUUUGACAUCAUUAAAAUCAUUCCCGUUUCUUGUAGGAUAAAGUCCAGAGUUCUCAGGUGGCCCUUCAUAAUCUAAUUCCUGCUUUUCUCCCUAGCCUUAUCUCUUGAUGUCUUUCUUUCUUCCCUCCCUUUAAUUAUAUGCUCGCCAGGGGUUUGUUCUUUUAAUAGUGAUUCCCAGAUUUUAAAGUUUUAGACAUGAUUAGUUUUUGCUUUCUUAAUUCUAAAAUUGGAUCAUCUAGUUUUUAAAAAUGCUAUCUACUAUCACCAUCACUUCAUAAAAGAGUGAUCAUUUCUUAGAAUGCUAAAAAGUAAGAUGUUGUAAACUGAGACAUGAAAACUGAAAGGCUUUAGUACUGGAAACACUUACCACACUGCUGAAUUUCCCCGUAGACAAGUGAAAAUUUUACUGUGAUCCAGUGAGUUAUAUGAGAACCUUUGCAUGCGAACCACUACUGUAGAAGAAAUCAGUCUUUUGCACCUCAAGCCUGUGCAUUUCUUCUCCCUUUGCAAGGAAACUUCCUUUCUGCCCCGCUUUCCCUGAUAAACUCACCCUUACCCUGAGAUCUCCAUGGAGAUGUUGCUUCCUGUAGGACAGGAGGCUCCUCCCCCAAUGCUCCUCAUCUUGAAUGGCAGGACACUCUGCAUCCCUCUGUCUUCCCCCUAGACUGCAAGCUCUGUAAAGGCAGGCUCUGUGUCUGUCUGUUUCCCAGUCUGUCCUCAGGGCCAAACACAUUCCCUAGAGCACGAAUGUUAUUUAAGACCCAGACAAAAAUAAUCAGUGAAGUAAUGAUGAAAUGAUACUUUUGAAUUUCUGAAUUGGUUGGAUAAUAUUAGUAAUAUGUUUAUCUAAAUUUAUUAUUUUUAGAUUUUAAUAGUUUUUUUAUAUUUUCAUUUUUAUCUUGCCUAACUGUAUUCUUUUACUAGUAACACCUCACUGGUUUAUACAUUUUUUUCAGUUGCAGCUAGUGUCAGUUAUCUUUAGAACAUAAGUAUUAAAAACUUUAACUAGGGCUAUAGUUUAAACCUCACGUAUUUCCUAGAGGAUAUAUUCUUACAUAAAUUAAACUUUAAUGUAUUUCAUUUGAGCUGUAUAAUGUUUUGUGUACAUGACUUCUUGAUUCUUAUGUGGCUUUCUUAGUCAUGUUUAAAAGGUAUUGUUACCUGCAAACGUUGCUGUGAAUAAAUAAAAAUUAAUAGUAACUGUA